AUACUGUAUGGAAACCCGGAAAUGCUUCUGUUAGUUUCCUUGUCUGCAUGUGUUCAACGCAUUUAAACAUCUCUGAGGUCUAAGUGGUCCGAAUUAAAACCGCUAAACGAGGACGGCUGUAUUAAAUUAACAUUGAAGCCGGGCGCGUCAGGUGCAAGAAGAUGGAAUGCCAAGGUGAGGUGAUUGCCGGACUCCGGGCGGCAUUCCACACUGGAGUGACCAUUCCGCUGGAGUUUCGCCUCACAGAGCUUAAGGGCCUCCUCGCCUUGAUGGAGGAGAAUGAAGCUCAGAUUCUGGACGCAUUACACAGGGACCUUAGAAAGCCAAAAUUUGAAGCAGCAAUCUCAGAGAUUGAGAUUGUGAGGAAUGACAUUUGCUUCGCGAUAAAUAACUUGAAGACCUGGAUGUUACCUGAAUAUGUGGGCACGAAUCUGGCAACAAAGUUUGAUGAUUGCUUUAUACAAAGACAACCAUUCGGAGUGGUUCUGAUCAUUGGGGCAUGGAACUACCCUCUUCAGCUCAUUCUGUUACCGCUAGUUGGUGCCAUAGCUGCAGGUAACUGUGCGCUCCUCAAGCCGUCUGAGAUCAGUCAAGCAACCGAGGCGCUCCUGGCUGAACUCAUUCCCAAGUACCUGUCCAAGGAGUGCUAUGUGGUCACUUGUGGUGGAGCAGAGGACACCAGAAGGUUAUUGGAGAACAGAUUUGACCACAUUUUUUACACAGGUUCUCAGGCGGUGGCUCGGAAAAUCCUCCUUGCUGCUGCUGUUCACCUGACCCCUGUCACCCUGGAGCUGGGGGGGAAGACCCCCUGUCUGAUCUACGGCCGGAUAGACAUGAAGACCGCCGCCAAGAGGCUGGUCUGGGCCAAGUAUUUUAACGCCGGCCAGAGCUGUGUUGCUCCGGACUACAUCCUUUGCACCAAGGAGACGCAGGACGCCCUCCUACCGGCCAUCCGCGAGGCCCUGGAGGCCUUCUACGGGCCUGACCCUCAGAAGUGUCCAGACGUUGGCCGCAUUGUGACGGACAAGCACUGGAACCACCUGAUGGACCUGCUGGGGAAGUCCAAGGGGAACGUGACGAUUGGGGGAGAGAGCACACAAGAGGAGAAGUACAUCGCUCCUACAGUGUUGGUGGAUGUUGAUGAAACGGACAUCCUCAUGCAGGAGGAGAUCUUUGGCCCGAUCCUUCCCAUUCUCACCGUGGAGACCCUGGAGGAAGCCAUCACCUUUGUGAAUGCCAGAGAGAAGCCCCUGGCCCUGUAUGUCUUCUCUGAUGAGCCUCAGGUGGUGACCACUGUUCUGGAGAGCACCAACAGCGGGGGAUUCUGUGCAAAUGAUGGCAUCCUGCACAUGACCCUACCAACCUUACCUUUUGGGGGAGUAGGUGCCAGUGGGAUGGGCUGCUACCAUGGCCGCUAUACCUUCGAGACAUUCAGUCACAAGCGUGCCUGUCUGCUGAGGAGCUGGGGGCUGGAGCGGAUCGGCGCCCUGCGUUACCCCCCCUACAGUGACACCCGUCUCAGCUGGCUCCGCUGGGCAACCACCACCAAGAAGAGCAGCUGCUCCAUCAUGUGAGAUGAUGCACUUCAGGAUAUUGGUUUGUUGCAGCAAAAAUGGAACUCGGACCAAACGGAAACGCAUUGCCCGUACUGCUGUUCAGAAUGUGUUAUAUUCUCACUUUUAAUGGCGAUAUUGCACGAUUUGUUUGGUAUGGUAUUUCCAGGGAUGGAUCAAAGAAUCUUCUACUUUUUAUUUUGACAGUUUUUGUAAGGACAAAUGUGUACUGUCUUAUAUCUCUAGUGAACAGUAACCUUUGUAAUGCUACAAUUAAGUUAUUUAAUUAACUCAAAGUACAGUUAUAUACACAUAAAUAAAUAUUCAAAUUGAAAUGAA